AAGUAUGGCCAGAAAAUGGAAUUUCAAACAGUUCUCUGUACAAGACUGAAGGCGGCGAUGCAAGUCAAUACUUUCAGCGCUAUUUUGAUCGUGUUGAAGUUCGUCAUUAACUCUGACGGUUUCCUGCUACACGGCUCUGCUGGUCCUCUAACAGCCCGGCUGGGAGGAGCUGUACUGCUGCCCUGCUUUGUGGACAGACCCCUGCCUUUGGAGGAGCUGGAGGUGGACUGGAGAAGGACUGAUUCAGACACCAUCGUGCACCUAUUCCAGGGGGGUCAGAGCAGACCUGAAUCACAGGGGGACGCCUACAGGGGCAGAGCACACUUCUUCCCUCAGGAAAUCCCCAAAGGCAACUUCUCUCUGCUGGUUGAGGGUGUGAGGACUGCAGAUGCAGGAGUGUACAAGUGUGUGGUUUAUACAGAGCAGGAGAACCAUGAAGCACGGGUGGAAAUACAGGAAGUAGAGCGGCUGGUGGUGACGGGUGCAGAUGAGCCUGUCUAUGCACAUGCUGGAGAGGAUGUGACUCUCAGCUGCUCUGUGGACACCCAUGUUAAUGUGACAGAGCUUCAGGUGGAAUGGAGAAAGACAGACGAUGACGGUGACAUCUUGGUGCUUCUGUAUGCUGAUGGAGAGAACAGACCAGAGUCACAGGAUGGGAGAUACUCUGGAAGAGCUGAAUUCUUCACUGAGGAAAUUCCCAAAGGAAACUUCUCAAUGAAACUGAGGAGAGUCAGGAUGGAAGACAAAGGAGAGUUCAGGUGUGAAGUCCAAUCAGAUACUGAUUCUGCCAAUACAACUGCCAGGAUAGCAGCACUGGGUUAUUCAUCCCUGCAUUGGCUGAUUCUGGGGCUGUGCAUCACUGUCACACCUGUAGUCCUACUUACUGGUGCUUUAUCUGUCAGGUAUUUAAUAAAGGAAGAUAAAAGCAAACAGGCUCUGCUGAGUCACUGUUCACAUGUCACAGUCCCACCAAUCAUGGUUUCUACAGCCUUCAUCCUGUGGGGUGUAACUGAAGGAUCCACUGAAGAGGCUGUUACUUGUCCUGCCAUCAGUCUGACGUAUAUCCUGCUGUUGUUUUAUAUGGCUCCAUACCGGAAAUCAUUCCCAGUUACAUGGCAGAAUAUUAUACUCGACACUCUAAGAACUGCAUUUCCCAUCAUUAUGGUCGGUGUCCUAACAGGUUCUUUCAUCGAGUUCUCAGCUAAAUAUUCCCCAACUCCAGCUGAGAAAGCAGCAUUUGGAGGAAUGUUUGGUGGAAUCAUAUUCAUCUUCAUCUUUUUUGUUAUAUUCCGAAUCGUCGACAUUGUGGUUUGGACAAAAUAUUCUAAAGACAGAGAAAAAAGAGUGAAAAUACGUACCAUCGUAGCAGGAAUAACUGGAGUUACAUUCCUGGUCAUCAUGGUUUCAUCCAUAAAAAUUACUGAUCUGCUGGGAUUUUCACACACAACCAUCCUAGAGUUCACAGAAAAUGGGCUGAAAAAGAAACAAACAUCCAUUGCUGUCAGUGUUUAUCUGGCAAAAUUCUCCGAUCUAGCUUGGCAAGAACAACUUGCAACAUUUUCCACUUUAUUAAUGUUUCCAGUCAUCAUGGUUUUAUUCCCAGUUGGUCUCGGUGUGUUUCGGAUAAUACGCUUACGAAGGAAGGGAGAAACAGUACAACUAAGAGACAUUUUUGAAAUCAUGGCUUAUUUCCUGUAUAAUCCAACAAUGUUUAACAUGCUGUUCCUUGCUAUUUAUUCCCAACUCUUUGCCUGGAUGAACAACACAUUUUUAUUAGAAUAUUCAAUUCCGACGGCAGUAGCUGCUUUGGGAAUCUGUGCCUGCAUCAUUAUCAAGCGUUAUUUAUUGUAUCGUGAAAAAAAGCGCUUGGAGGGAUUUUACUAUUUUGCUCAGAAAAUCCUUCUGGGGAUUUUCUUCCUGCUUCACCUAAUAUUGAGUUUCCUGUAUCUAAGUGUGAUUUUAGAAAAUGACAAAGGACAACCUGUAAAGAUGUUCGAGUUUGUGUUUGUCUACAUUCUGACUGUCACAUUGCUCUUUCGAUUCUGGGAGCGGGAACAUUUGCUUGCCAAACCCCGUAAAUAUGUAUAUUUCUCAGGGACUUUUGCUCUCCCUCUCCUGAAUUCUGUUGCUCUGGCUGUAGUAUUAAUACUCAAAGCAGACACAGGAAAACAGCCACUGGAUCUACGGCUGAUUGUCCUCAUUUCUGGGUCUGUCUUCCUCUUUGGCUGGUUUGUUAUAGAGAUGAUUGCAUACUGGUUGGCCAAAAAAGAAAAGUAAGUAGAGAUUUUCUCUGUUGUAUAUGUGCAAGUCAUUUUUUCAGAAAAAAAUUCAUCCAUCCAUCCAUCCGUCAUGGUGAACCUGGCACCUGUCACAGGAAGCACAAGGCAGGGGACACCCUGGGCAGGAUGCCAGUCCAUCACAGAGCAAAACACAUUCACAUACCAUGGGAUAUUUAUCUUGUUGGUCUAUGUUCAUGUUUUGGGACUGGGAGGAAACAGGAGUAUCUGGGGAAACAUGGGGAGAGAAUGUAAACUACAGAGAGCCCAAGUGAGGAGGUGUGAGGUGCCAGUGUUACCCACUGAGUCACCAUGGAAACUACACAGAGCCCAAGCCGGGGGGUGUGAGAUGCCAGUGUUACCCACUGAGUCACCAUGUAAACUACACAGAGCCCAAGCCGGGGGGUGUGAGGUGCCAGUGUUACCCACUGAGUCACCAUGUAAACUACACAGAGCCCAAGUCGGGGGGUGUGAGAUGCCAGUGUUACCCACUGAGUCACCAUGUAAACUACACAGAGCCCAAGCCGGGGGGUGUGAGGUGCCAGUGUUACCCACUGAGUCACCAUGUAAACUACACAGAGCCCAAGUCGGGGGGUGUGAGGUGCCAGUGUUACCCACUGAGUCACCAUGUAAACUACACAGAGCCCAAACCGGGAGGUGUGAGGUGCCAGUGUUACCCACUGAGUCACCAUGCAAACUACACAGAGCCCAAGCCGGG